AUGUCUCGUCUAGACCGAUUGGUUGUACUUCUAGAGACAGGCUCCACCGUGUUCAUCCGCAACACAGCUGCAGACCAACUAUCUGAUCUAGCAAAGGGCCAUCCAGAAGAUGCCAUAAAUUUACUUGGGCGAGUGUUUCCAUAUUUAAAGUCAGAGAAAUGGGAAACCCGUAUAGCGGCUGCCCGGGCGUUUGGGGGAAUUGUCAACCAUUGCGAUACCUGGGACCCCAACGAUUCCGACGUAAUGAAGCGAGAAAGUGAGUUUCAUGAUAUGGAAAUGAAUGAUCCCACCGUGAAAAUUGAAGAUGAUAGCGAACGAAUCAAACAAGAACAAGACGAAGAACUCCAAAAAUUCGACGACAACUUGUCGAAUCUCGUAGACUUCCGGUCGUGGGACCUCCAUGCCAUUCUCAAGUCGGGCCACAAGCUUUUGUCGCUGAGCGCUUCGGACUCUGGUGUCGACAUCGAGAUUGAAGAUUUCGAAUCCGACAACUUAUUGCUCAAAAAAAUCAAGCGAGCCCGCAUCAAGCCCGAACCAACGGUGGAAUCAAGGUCGCUGUUGGUGGCACCAGCUUCGCUCGGCCACACCGUGGAUAAUAUCAAGUCUGAGACGGAAUCAGUAAAAACAGAAACAGUAUCGCCCACUCCUCCACCCAUGUCUGCUGCUGCCAGUGCCAGACUCAAAGCCAUGCAGAAAAGACGAGCUAAAGUCAAUGCCAAAUCGUCGUCUGGUCGAAUAAAACCCGUCGAUUUGUCGCAAAGCUCCAUGUCUCGCAAGUUGGCUGAAGACCCCGAUACCACUGACGAUGCCGUGCCGGAGCCCCAGUUUGACCUCACGUCGCAACAGGGCGGCCUGAAGUUGGUUAUGGAAACGAAGGACUCGGAACUCUCUCCGUUGCUUUCUCAGCAAGCCAAAGUGUCGGGUUUGGUGUGGCAGUUUCAAGGCGUAUACGAGUUGCUUCUCGGCGACUUGUUCGACCCCAAAUGGGAAUCUCGGCACGGCGCAGCUUUGGGGUUGCGUGAACUCAUGAAAAAGCACGGAAAGGGUGCGGGACGGCUUGCUAAGAAGCUGAGGGCAGACAACGAUCGCAAUAACUCGGCCACCCUAGAGGACUUGGCGGUACGGCUUUGUACUCUUUUUGCACUCGACAGAUUUGGCGAUUAUGUUUCAGACACUGUAAUUGCACCAGUGAGAGAAUCGGCUGCUCAAACGUUGGCGGCGCUUUUGAUUCAUCUCGAUGAACCUAUUGUCUUAAAAACUUUCGACUCGCUCUACGAUUUGGUGCUUCAGCCAUUUGCAGACAGCCUCAAUCUCCCAAAAUGCUGGGAAGCAAAGCAUGGAGGAAUGUUGGGAUUACGAUACUUUGUGAGUGUCAAGCCAGAAAUAUUCUUAUCCCGUCCCGAUCUAUUGGACAAAGUCAUUGACAUGGUUCUUUUUGGAUUGAAAGAAAGUGACGACGACGUUCAAGCGGUCGCAGCAUUAACAUUGACACCAAUUGCUUCCGAAUUUGUCGAAACAAAAUCAGCACUUGUCCAUACAUUGUUGUCUGUCAUAUGGGAUUGUCUUACAAAUCUACGAGACGAUUUAUCUGCCUCUAUUGGAGCUGUCAUGGACUUGUUAGCCCGUUUGUGCACCCAUACACAAAUUAUAGACAUAAUGCAGAAAGAUGCUGCUCAGGACAAAGAAAAAGCAUUUGAGAAUCUUGUUCCCAGAUUAUUUCCAUUUCUUCGCCAUUCCAUCACCAAUGUAAGGAAGGCAGUAUUAAGGACCAUCUUGGAAUUUCUCAACAUAGAAGGACCAAAAGUAUGGAUAGAUGCAAAAACAUUACGAUUGAUAUUUCAAAAUUUAUUGGUGGAGCAGAACCGCGAGGUUCUUGAUCUCUCCAUGAAAGUGUUCAAGACGACCCUUGAUGUUCUUUCCUCGCUGCAACCGUCAAAGAUUACCGCCAUUUUUCUCAAUCAUUACCAACCGCUUUUGUCUCUCUUGAUGACUCCGAUUGGAAUUGCUCGUCACAACUACAAUAUGAACACCGAUCUUAUAAUGCGUCCCUCGGGACAUACACUUGAUGCUAGUGAAAUUAUCGAUGUGGAUUCCAAACGUGGACGAAAAAGAAAGCAGGAGGAAAAGAAUAAGUUGGACAUACCUACCGAUGAUCUUCGAGUGAAUAUAGAUGCCCCAAUCAUCAAGGGAGAUGUCAUGCUUCUUGGAUACGAAUCCUUUAUCCGCACAAGAGCCGCUGCUUCGAAUGCUUUUGGUCUCCUAAUGUCUUAUGUUGAAGAUGACGAUCUUUUACUCGAACUCAAAGAUGUGAUAUGUGGGCAUUUAAAGUCACCUCACGCAACUCCUCGUCUCCUAGGUGCUAUGAUUAUCCAAGAGUAUGCCGACGCUGCUUUGCAAAGAAACGUUGAUGCCCAUGAAAUCUUACAGCUGUAUAGUUCUGCCCUUAUGGAAAUGCUUUCGAGCCUGGUGGACUUGCCUUACUUCAGGGAAUUAGUACCAACGUUGAAGUCGGUUCGAACUUCGUGCCUCCAACUAUUCGACACUUUUGUAACGCUUGGUAAGGUUUCACAGUCAAAAUUACCACAACUACCUGUUCUUGUUCAAGGCGAAGUUGAUGCUGGUCCUGGUGCCUUUGGAAUCGAAAAUGCUGAAAAGUUGAUUAAUGAAACUUAUGAGAAAUUAACAAAGUCGAUGCUGGCUAACAAUCGAUUGGCUGCAAAUCUGGCCCUUGAAGAUUCCAAGCACAGAGUCCAGGUUGCCAUUGAUGAAGCUAAAAUGGCAAGAUCCAACAGAAUCGUAAGCAUUCUAAGCGCUUAUUCUGCUUCAGUUCUUGCCGCAACUGGUAUCCCCAAAAAGUUAAAUCCUAUUAUCAGAUCUUUGAUGGAUAGUAUCAAGCAAGAAGAGUCUGAAACCCUUCAAAGAAGAGCUGCCGCAUCGGUGUCUGUAUUGGUGAAGCAGUUGAACGAAGGAGGCAAGAAAAAUGCCAGCGACAAGAUUGUCAAGAACUUGUGUGCAUUCUUAUGUGUUGAUACUUCGGAAAUCCCUGAGGUGCAACAUAAUGUCAAAUUCAAAACCAAUAUUCUCAGCUUGAUGAAGGAGGAAGCUAAGACUGAUCCUGUGGAUAUCGCAGCUCAUGAACGGGCUGUUCAGGAAGCCAGAAUUAAACGUACGGGAGCUAUGUUGGCGAUGGAAGCACUUAUUAACCUGUACUCUACAGCGCUCUUUGAUGAAGUUCCAAAACUCAAGGAACUUAUGCUUGACCCUAUUGCUCUCCUCGAGAACACUACGGGAGAUGCACUCAUCGAAGACCAACAGAAGGGACAAGUUGUUAUUGAUGCUUUGGGUAUCUUGCGUGCUCUCUUGCCCAAACUUGAUCCCUCUCUUCAUGAUCAAGUUCUCGAGUGUGUUCCUUAUUUGAAGCCUGGUUUAUGUUCAGCCUACUCAGUGUUUCGAUAUUCUUCCGCUAAAGCCUUGGCAACAAUUUGCUCGGUGUGUCCCACCAAGGCUUUCACAUUUUUGGUCAAGUCGGUGCUCCCAAUGGUCAACAGCUCUGGUGUUACAGAAGAGCGCCAGGGAGCAAUUGAAAGUAUUUACCAUGUAUCAGCGACAAUGGGUGCCGAUAUUCUUCCAUAUAUUGUGUUUUUGAUUGUCCCAGUGCUCGGAAGAAUGAGUGAUUCUGACCAUGAUGUUCGAGUACUUGCAACGACAACGUUUGCAUCCAUUAUCAAGUUGGUUCCUCUUGAAGCUGGAAUUCCUGAUCCAGAGGGUAUGCCGCAGGAAUUACUUGAGGGUAGAGAUAAGGAAAGAGAGUUCAUUCAACAAAUGAUGGAUCCUUCAAAGAUAAAGCCUUUUGAUUUGCCUGUGUCCAUCAAAGCCACGUUGAGGAAGUAUCAGCAAGAGGGUGUCAACUGGUUAGCAUUCUUGAACAAGUAUCACUUGCAUGGUAUUUUGUGUGAUGAUAUGGGGCUUGGGAAGACUUUGCAAACGUUAUGUAUUGUUGCUUCAGAUCACUACCUUAGGGCCGAAAAGUUCAAGGAAACAAACUCGCCCGAAUUCCGCAAAUUGGCUUCGAUAAUUAUCUGCCCUCCUUCAUUGACUGGUCACUGGGAGCAGGAAAUUCUUCAAUACUCGCCGUUUUUGAAACCCUUGGUUUACGCGGGGGGACCAUCUGCUAGAGCAGCGAUUCGCUCACAGAUCUCUUCAGCGGAUAUAGUUAUAACUUCUUAUGACGUCUGCAGAAACGAUAUCGACCAUCUUUUGGCACACGAUUUCAACUAUUGUGUACUUGAUGAAGGACAUAUCAUCAAGAACUCGUCCUCAAAAUUGACCAAAUCAGUCAAACAAGUGAGAGCAGAACACAGACUCAUUUUAUCGGGCACUCCAAUCCAGAAUAAUGUGUUAGAAUUGUGGUCUUUGUUCGACUUUUUGAUGCCAGGUUUCUUAGGUACCGAAAAAGUGUUCCAUGAAAAGUUUGCCAAGCCCAUUGCUGCCAGCAGAAAUAGCAAGACCUCCUCAAAGGAACAAGAAGCCGGAGCAUUGGCGCUCGAGUCUCUUCACAAGCAAGUGUUACCGUUUAUGUUGCGUAGAUUGAAGGAAGAUGUGUUGUCCGAUUUACCUCCAAAGAUCAUCCAGGACUACUACUGUGAGCUCAGUGAGCUUCAAAAAACCUUGUAUAAGGACUUUGCUCAAAAGCAAAAGAAUACAGUGCAAGAGGAGAUCAACCAUCGACUGGAUGGAAAAGAAGGUGGAGAAUCAAACACCCAUGUGUUCCAGGCUCUCCAGUACAUGAGAAAGCUUUGCAACCAUCCUGCCUUGGUGGUUUCGCCUGAGCAUCCCAAGUUCAACGAAGUCAACGAAUAUCUUCGAAUCAAUAAGAGUGACAUCCGCAGCAUAAAUCAUGCUCCAAAAUUGUUGUCGUUGAGAACCUUACUAUUGGAAUGUGGUAUUGGUGUUGACGAUAGUGAUUACAUUGGUAAGGGCAAGAAUAAAAAACUGCAACAGCAAAUCACCGCAGAAGGAGUGAUAUCCGACCAUCGAGCAUUGAUUUUCUGUCAACUAAAAGAUAUGCUUGACAUAGUCGAGAAUGAACUUUUGAAGAAACAUCUCCCAUCAGUGACCUACAUGCGUCUAGAUGGAAGCACCGACCCCAGAGACAGACAAUCAAUUGUGCGUAAAUUCAACGAGGAUCCAUCUAUCGAUGUGUUGCUUCUCACCACCAAAGUUGGAGGAUUGGGGCUCAACUUGACUGGUGCAGAUACUGUCAUAUUUGUGGAGCACGACUGGAACCCAAUGAACGAUCUCCAGGCUAUGGAUCGUGCCCACCGAUUGGGCCAGAAAAAGGUUGUGAAUGUUUAUCGUUUGAUAACGAAGCAUACUUUGGAAGAGAAAAUAAUGGGAUUACAAAAGUUCAAGAUGAACAUUGCAUCUACAGUGGUAAAUCAACAAAAUUCUGGGUUGGCGUCGAUGGAUACAAACCAACUUUUGGACUUGUUUGAUGUUGACGAGGCUGCUGCAAAAUCCACCAACGAGAAUUCGGUCCCAGAAAGAGAGAACUACGUGCCUGAGGACGUCAAGAGUGGACUUUCAGGAAAGGAAGCUGGUGCCGUCGGAGAGUUGGGAGACUUGUGGGACGAGCAGCAAUACGAGGAUGAGUACAACCUUGACAAUUUCAUAAAAACCUUGAAAUAG